AUGGGAUGCAUGAGCAGCAAGCCGAAGAACUGUCCGCAGUCGCCUAAUACUGCGCGAUACAAUGAGCCCAACUACUCAGGCCUCACGCGCAAUAUGGACAGCGGUGGCUUCACAGGCCAGCAGUCGCGUCGGUCGUCUGCCCAGUCAUCGACUCGCAAUCCACGCACGAACGCAGGUGCCGCGACUACGAGUGGCAGCCGCGAGGUCACGGACAAAUGCUUCCCAGAGCUUGUCAAGUUCCGGUUGGAUGAGACUGAGGUGCUGCUGACCCGUAAGGUCUCGAGCGGUGCUUUUGGGGUUGUCUGGUUGGGCCACUACCAUGGUCAACCUGUAGCGAUAAAGCGCAUGAUUGACGGGGAGGAUGAGGCCGUUUCCUUCUCUCGCGAGAUUGAGACCAUGUCGAGACUAUCGCACCCCAAGAUUGUACGUUUCAUUGGCUGCACAUGGACGAAUAAGAAGGAUUUGGGAGGUGUGUCCGAGUACAUGGAUGGCGGUGACGUCCGUACGUUGCUGGAGACCCAUAAGAUUGAGCUCAGCUGGAAGAAAGAAAAGAUUUCUAUUGCUAUUGACAUUGCCGAGGCACUUGCCUAUAUGCACUCGCGCUCACCGAAAAUAAUUCACCGUGAUCUCAAGUCACGUAAUGUGCUGUUGAACUCGAGCAUGGUGGCAAAGUUAAGCGAUUUUGGUCUUAGCCGGAACCGCACGUAUGAGGAGACACUGACAGCUGGUGUGGGCACGGUACGCUGGACGGCACCUGAGGUGAUGUUGGGUGACAAUUACAGUGAGCAGGCCGACGUGUACUCAUUCGGUGUGGUACUGAGUGAGCUGGAUACGCGUGAGAUACCUUUUGAGGAAAAAAGCACGAAGACAGGAGCCAGCGGCGCGCCCGAUAUGGCUAUUGUGAUUAAGGUGGCUAAGGGCGAGCUGCGGCCAAGCUUUGCACCGGACUGUCCCGAUGUUAUUCUGCGUAUUUCUCGUGCAUGUCUGCAGUUCGACCCGGCACUUCGUCCAGACAGCGAAUCGGUUGUGCAGAUGCUGAAUGAUGCGCGCGCACAGCUUCAGUCUACGUCAUAA